AUGCAUGGUCCUAUCGCUGUGAACAACCUCUCUUUCUUGGAAAGGGCUCCUCUACUUCGCGAGUUCAAAAUCACGACGUCCACAACAGCGCUCACGGGAUUUCCUCGGGCUCCUUGGCAUCAGCUCGUCGACAUCCAUAUUGACGUUGGAGAGAAAUGGACAUUCCUUGGAUCCGAACUGUGGAGGGCACUCGCUCAAUGCGUCAAGCUAGAGUUGCUGCAUUUGAAGACGGCAAAUCAUCAUCGUAUACUCACAGGUCCACAACCGACAUCUUCCCCUCAUCGAGUGACGCUCCCCAGACUCCGCGAAUUCCACGUUUCAGGCAGAGAGCCAGCUUUAUUUACAUGGUUGGCACUAUCUCACAUAUUCGAUAAUCUUCAUCUUCCAAGACUGGAGAAAUUGGACAUCGGGGGACGUAGUACUGGCCGUCUGUGGGAACGGACCUAUUUGCAAUCAUUUCUUUCGUUGGAUAACCUGUUAAACGCAUCAGCAUGCUCAUUGACUACCCUAUCACUCGAUGAAUACAUCUCCGUGCCCUCCCUUGUCGUACUUCAAUGUCUUUCAAGUGUCCCUACACUCCACAAAUUGAGAAUACAACAGAGCAGGGAUUGUGGCAGGGAUUUGAUCGUCGAUGAUGAUUUCCUGGAGGCAUUAACACCAGGAACAUUAUGUCCAGAAUUACGGGUUCUGAUUUUGGUGGACAGUGGCGCAUAUCAAGAGGACACGCUGGUUGGGCUUUUGCGAACUCGCUGUAAUCCACCACCCGGGGUGGCGAGAUUGCAGGAAGCUUCCAUCUCUUCUCAUCGUCCCAAAUCCCACGCCGAUGAACAGAUAAGGAGUCUGGGAAGCCUUUUCACAGUGCAUCGAACAUAG